GCCUUGCUGCGCAGCGUGAACAUGAGAGGGAAUCGUGAUUCCUUUGAACUGGUCCCUUUUCCUACUCUUCCGUAUUGUUUCGUUUUGUUACAAUGAAUGUGUUUGCAGCUGAUCUAGAAACAGUUACUUUGUUUAACAGAAAGCGUUUGAGGUAGCGAUUUUUGGUGGGUAGAGCUGGUCGUAGAUCAGCUUUUCAAUAAUAUCCGGGACUCUCGUGUGACAGUCAGCUGAUAUAGUAUUAGGUGUGUUUCUAUAUAUUUUUUCCCCUCAGUACAGUACUCCAGAUAGAUCUAGUUGCAAUUAGAUUUGGUGAUUUAACAAUAGUCUAAAACCAACCGGUAAGAACUGGUAUUUGGUUUGAAAAAAUGGCAGCACACCCGCCAAAGACAAAGAUUCUGAUAAGUGCAAAUAAAAGGUUGCAAAACCUGAAAGAGGCCUUCGAGAAAAAGUAUGGAGAAGCACCUCUUUUUUACGCACAAGCUCCUGGAAGAGUCAAUCUAAUAGGAGAACACAUUGACUACUGUGGUUAUGCUGUGCUCCCAAUGGCUAUUGAGCAGAGUAUUCUUGCUGCGGUCACUGUCAAUGAUUCCAAGAAAAUCAACCUGGCCAACACAGAACCUAAAUACAAGGACUUUACAGUCUCUUCAGAAGAUAUGGAGAUAGACAAGGACAAUCCUCAGUGGUACUAUUACUUUCUCUGUGGGGUGAAAGGGAUUCAGGAGCACCUAGGGAAGGUUCCUCUGUCUGGGAUGAAGUGUGUUGUGGACGGGACCAUCCCGGCUAGCUCAGGCCUGUCCAGCUCCAGUGCCCUGGUCUGCUGUGCUGCGCUCCUCACUAUGGAGGUUAACCACAAGUCCCUCAACAAGGUGGCGCUGGCAGAGAUUUCAGCCAAGUGUGAGCGCUACAUUGGCACUGAGGGUGGGGGCAUGGACCAGUCCAUCUCAUUCCUGGCAGAGGAAGGAACUGCCAAGCUGAUCGAGUUCCAACCUCUGCGGGCGUCUGACGUACGUCUCCCUGAGGGAGCAGUGUUCGUUAUCUCUAACUGCUGCGUUGAGAUGAACAAGGCUGCUACCUCUCACUUCAACAUCCGGGUGGUCGAGUGUCGGAUAGCCACCAAGAUGUUGGCGAAGGCUCGGGGGCUGGAGUGGGGCCGGCUGCUGAAACUGUCCCAGGUGCAGACAGAGCUGGAGGCCUCUCUGGAGGAGAUGCUGCGGCUGGUGGCUGAGGUGCUGCACCCUGAGCCCUACAGCAGAGAGGAGGUCUGCAAGGCCCUGGGAAUCACCACAGAACAGCUCUGUACAGACCUCCUUAGCCCCAACACACAGCACGUGGCCCAGUUCAAGCUGUACCAGCGGGCCAGGCAUGUAUACGGCGAGGCGGCACGGGUCCUGCGGUUCAAGAGCGUGUGUGAUGAAGCUCCCACCGCCCCGAACGCCGUGCAGCGUCUAGGAGACCUGAUGAAGCAGAGCCAUGCCAGCUGCAGAGACCUGUACGAGUGCAGCUGUCCAGAACUGGACCAGCUGGUAGAGAUAUGUCUGCAGUCUGGUGCGGUGGGAUCCCGGCUGACCGGAGCAGGCUGGGGGGGCUGUGCUGUCUCCAUGGUCCCCACUGACAAGGUGGAGUCUUUCCUAAAGAGCGUCAGAGAGUUGUACUACACGGCAGACCCACGCAGAGCCGAGCUAGAGAAACACAGUCUGUUUGUCACCAAGCCUGGUGGAGGGGCGGCCAUUUUCCUUGAAGACUGAAAUAAAAAAAAUGCUUCUCUUUACAAUUUUGAGGUGAAAUGUCUUCCUUGCCGUUUCACCUUUUCAGUAUUUUUAUACUAUUAUUUUAGUCGUGACUCUAUGACUAAUUCUCAUGCCAAAAUGACACAGUUGAUGAUUCUGGAAUUUCAAGGGCAAUGAUAAUCAAAGCUAGUCUGCUCCCAGAUUUGUUGUCUCCUUCUGUAGCCUGGUCCCAGAUUUGUUGUCUCCUUCUAUAGCCUGAUCCCAGAUUUGUUGUCUCCUUCUAUAGCCUGAUUCUAGAUCUGUUUGUCCUCUUGCCAACUUCAUUGCUUAAUUUUCAAGCCAAACAUGACAAGAAGUUGGCAUGACAGCACAAAAAGACUGGCACUAUUUCAUAGGGGGAAAAAUGUAGACAUUUUAUAAUUUGGAACUCAAGUUAUAACUAGUUUUAAAACUAAUGAUUCAAGAUCAACUUCUUUACAAGAAAGGGGACUUUUCUUUUAUUCUGUGAGUGUAAUGAUUUCAGUUGAAACGGGACAGCGCUAUCUAUAUAAAGUACAAUACUUUUCCACACAGUGCAGUACUACAUUCCUUCCAUUGCUGUGUGUGUUUGUGUUGUAUGUUUUGAAGGAAUUAAGAAGUAAAAAGGCUUUUGUUU